CUCCACCCCGGAGCCGGCCGGGCUCCUCCCGCGGGCAUGAACGGCUAUGGCUCCCCGUACCUCUACAUGGGCGGCCCGGUGUCGCAACCACCGCGGGCUCCGCUGCAGCGGACGCCGAAGUGCGCCCGGUGCCGCAACCACGGCGUGCUGUCCUGGCUGAAGGGCCACAAGCGCUAUUGCCGCUUCAAGGACUGCACCUGCGAGAAGUGCAUCCUCAUCAUCGAGAGGCAGCGGGUGAUGGCCGCGCAGGUGGCGCUCCGCCGGCAGCAGGCCAACGAAAGCCUGGAGAGCCUCCUCCCGGACUCCCUGCGCUCCCUGCCCGGGCCGCAGGGCAGCACCGAGCCCCCCACGCCGCCGCCGGGGCCGUCGCCCUGCGCCGCGCCGCCGCGGACCCCCGCCGAGCUGGCCGCCGCCGCCGCCCUUCGCUGGGCCGCCGAGCCGCCCCCCGCGCUCCCGGGGCCGCUCCCCAAGGCAGACGUGAAUGAGGAGCGGCUGGGUGAUGCAAGUGGAGCAGACAAUGCCGAGACCUACAGUGACAAAGACACAGACCAAAGGAGUUCCCCAGACAUGACUAAAGCCAAAAGUUGUUUCAAUCCUGAAAGCCCUGAAAUUGUUUCAGUGGAUGAGGUUGGUUUUGCAGUUCAGAAAAAUGGUGGGAGCACAGAGAACCGUCCAGACAGCCCCAAGUACCACCCAGAGCAGAACCACCUCCUGAUAGAAGGUCCUUCUGGGACAGUUUCUUUACCAUUCAGUUUGAAAGCAAACAGACCCCCACUUGAAGUCUUGAAAAAGAUUUUCCCUAACCAAAAGCCAGCUGUGCUAGAGUUGAUCCUGAAGGGGUGUGGCGGUGACCUGGUGAGUGCUGUAGAGGUUCUCCUGUCCAGCCGGUCUUCAGUGGCCAGUGGAGAGAGAACUUCUGCAGAAUCGGAUGGUCUUGUUUUGCCUUCCAAUGGGCAUAUUUUUGAACACACACUGAGUUCCUAUCCUAUUUCAUCUUCCAAGUGGUCUGUGGGCUCGGCAUUUAGGGUUCCCGACACUCUGAGGUUCUCUGCUGAUUCCAGUAAUGUUGUGCCAAAUCCUCUAGCCGUACCUUUGCAGCACCCCUUCCCUCAGCCACCACGCUACCCACUGAUGCUGAGGAACACUUUGGCAAGAAACCAGUCCAGCCCAUUCCUGCCCAACGACGUCACCCUGUGGAACACCAUGACAUUGCAGCAGCAGUACCAGCUGCGGUCCCAGUAUGUCAGUCCUUUCUCUGGUAACUCAGCCACUGUUUUCCGAAGCUCGCCUGUCCUUCCUUCCCGCUCGUCAGAAGAUCCUAGGAUUUCAAUUCCUGAUGAUGGAUGCCCAAUUGUGUCUAAGCAACCAAUUUACACAGAAGAUGAAUAUGAGGACAGGUCUGAUUCUUCAGACUCAAGAAUACUCAACACAUCUUCUUAG